GAAUGCGGGACUGUGCAGCCUGCUGCGGGGAUAUGGCGGGGCGGGUCUCCCUCUCCACCAGGGGCCUCACCCGCUCCGUGGCUCAUAGACUAAAAUAUUACAUUGACAUUCAAAGAAAAGAAGAUAGUUUUGAUUUAUCAGGAGCAAGCAGGAAUGAGGCUGAAAGUUCCAGUUUCUAUAUGCAUCCUGGAAGCUUAGCUGAACAAAAAUAUGAUCAGUGUCUCAAGCAUAAUUUUACAGAUUGUAAAUUCGAAGCAUCUCUUCGAAUGUAUACAGGAAAUUCUGAAGAAUGCGAAAGAAAAUUACAGAGCAACCCAGAAAGACAACAGGAAAUUAAGAUAAUAAAAAAGAAAAUGGCACAAGAUGUUGUAACUGACAGACCUUUCCCGGUCUUAGCAAGGAGUACAAAAAGAACAAAGAAGUUGCACAGCUUCCCUUCCAGACUAUCUCAAUUUCCUCCUCCCCCAUACACAUCACAAGAAGAAGUCAUGAGGCUCAUUUCAUCAGCUUCAAAGCUAAUUGUUGCGGCGACUUGUGAAAUCUCUUCGGAGGAAAUAAAGAAGCCAGACUGUGCCUCAACCCAGAAGAGGAAAGAAGCUAAAAAUGUUCAAAGAUUGGACCAUUACUACAAGCAGUGUGCACCUCCUCUUGUGAUCUCUCCAGAUCCCCAUGAUUAUGAAGCUAAGAGCACUGAUGUAUUCUGUUUUAAAAGUACAUGGGAAACGAACAAAUUAGAAGAAUCAAAUGCUGACUUUAUCCAAGAAAAUCCAAGGAAUGAUUAUGGGAAAAAUACGAACAAAGACAAGAAAGAAAAAAACAGUAGAAAUGUAAAUGGACGGGUCAGAGUUGAGAGAUCAUCUAAUAUUUCCAGUAAUUCAUCUAAACAUAAGAGUGUAUUUUCUAAAACUUCUACAAGAACAAGUGAUUUAAAUUCAUUGUACUUAAGUACCGUACCUCCUUAUGAACAACGAACUGACAGAAGUAAAGCUUCUAAAAAAAAUGUGCUUAAUGAAGGAGCGUCCUCUGCCUUGUGCAGCUCUUCAGUGAUGUCUGAAUGCCAAGAUACAGAGCCAAGUACUGGCCGUAUAUCAGGCAUGACAAGUUUUGCUCACUCUCAGAAAAAUAAAUGCAUCUCUAGGUGGCUCUAUAAGUCAUUUGAAUUGAAAAGGCAAAAGUCAGCCCAGGUGCCUAGUAGAAAGCAUUCAGGCAUCAGAGGCAGUAAGUCUAGCAAGCUUUCACAGGGAAGGCCAAUGGAGAACUCCAGGAAUAUGCCACUACAUCAAAAAGAAAGAAAAAAUAGUGAAGGAAACAGGGAAUUAAAUGAGAAAAUAAUUCAUACUGUUUCCACAAAUGCACAAACCCCAAUCAUAAAUGAAAACACGGGAGAACAAACAGCUUCUGUUGUGGCUCUUAAAUGUGGCAUUCACUACAGCCAAAAUAACACAAGUAACAGCCUUCAUCAGAGACCUCAAAGUAACCAGCACGAAAAAAAGAAGAAAGAUUUGUGUGAAUUAGCUACAGGAAAAAAUACUGAAUCCCAUAAGGUCCAUUUCCAAGGUCCAUUGCCGUUUUCCAGAAAUACUGAACAGAAAUGUAGCUGUGUAAACUUGAAUAGUUGUAACAUAACAAGUGACUAUGGAAUUCAAACCAUUGCUUCAGAAAGUAAAUCUUUAGGGACUGUGACACAACUUCCAGAGAAUGAAAAUGAAGAACACCUUUCUAGGGUCACACUUGGAGCACCUUCCUUUUUACAUCAAGUUUUCCUGGAAAUGGAGCAAGAUGCAUCACCUACUUCAACUGCAUCUGAGCCUAAAGAUUUGGACAGCAGUUUUGAAAACAAAAGUAUACAACAAUUAUCUAACCAGCUUUUCAUCCUUAAUGAAUCCACAGGAGACAAGAAGGUUCAGGAUACUAUCAGUAAUGUACAUACAAGUGACAUUAUUUUAACAGACCCAUGUGGUUGGCAAUUGGCACACAUCCCACAGAAGGUUCAGUGUUGUUGCACCUGUGCAGAAGAACAACCUAACUUUAUAUCUGAAACAUCUGAUGAAGAACAAGACAGUUUCUCAGAUUCAUCUGUGACAGUAACAAGUAUUUUAGGUGCAUUAGAGAACCAACAGUCAGAAGAGGAGUUCACUGUAUCAUCUGUAUCUGAUAGCCUGAGUCUUGGAUCAUUAUAUGACGUACAUGAACAGAUGGAAGAAAACAAUUGUGUUGACCUAAAAGAGGAGGAAAACUCAGACUCCAGCACAGGCCAUCUUGAUCAAAGAGUUCUAGAGGAAAUGCAGAAGAUUAGCACCUCUGAGAGGCUCUCUCAGACAGACUCCUUCCAUUUCAGUUCCACAGAUGAAGAAGGGAGAGCAAAUAUGGAUCAUGCACUUAAGAGUGUCAAUACCAGUCAAGUACUGUAUUUCUGUCAUUUUCCACAUUACGUUAGUACAUAACUUAUCAGGUCAGUAGUAAACUGUUAGAAUAAAAAACGCUUAAAAUUAAACUUAAGAUGCCAGAGCCAGAACAGAUACCAUAUACAAAUAUUAUGGUGUUUCCUUCUCUGUUAGUAGGUAUGUAAUGGUAUCUGUUGCUUUAAGGCAUCAUACAUUGCACUAGUUAAGGCACAAUAUUUCUCACUUUUGUGACAAAAAACAUGACUGAGUUCUCACAAAAAAAUCAUGUUCUUGAUCUCCCCAGUCAGCUGCUACCAAACAAGCCUCCAUACAUUUAAUGGAUAGUGUAGUGGAUUAUGGGAUUUUUAAAUGUCUUUAAACCAUUAAAUAUUACUACAUUUAAAAAAAAUAUUGAAAAAUAAAGGAUAUUUGGCCUCUCAACUUCCUAUAACUUCUUAAUUAUCACAGUGGGUGAUAUCCAGGUCUCAUUCAAGUCAGUGAAGUUUUGCCUUUGAUUUCAACGGGGCCAGCAUUUCUCCCUACGUCAUGACUUUUCCUUUUGUAAACUACUUAUGAUUCUUCUCACUUUUUGCCGUCACACACAGCCCACCUCAGUUAUGUUUAACGACUCUGUUUUGUUGCAAAACUUCAUCAAGGGACUUUGACAGAACGCCAUGUGCCUGUUGUGACCAGAAUCAAGCCCUACGUUAAUUUAAGCUGUAAUGAAUAAUUGAUUAUGCUUUUAAAAUUAGAUAAAGUGCACCACAUACAGCUAUGCUGAUUUCUACUGAAUUAAGUUACAUAUUGCCAGCUAAAUUAGGACAACUGCACAUCAUGCCAACUCCUUUUGAAAGCUAUUGUAAUGAUGUGCAACUAAAAACCCAGUCAUGCAAGAUGAGACAUGUGAGGAAACCUCUGCACUCAUGCAGAGCUUCACUGACUUCACUAGGGCUUUGUGCAGGUUUAAGGGUCUGCAUGCUUAGCUCAGCCUACAGGACUGGGGGUCUAAAUAGUAUUUACUUUAAAAGUGUAAUAUUUGUGACACACACACCUGCACAAAGUGUUACAUCUGAGGGAAUUUUGCACCAGAAAACUAAAAAUUCUGCACAUUUUAUUUGUCAACAAAUAAAUGUGGAGGCUCAAGCAUGGGAGCGGGGACCACAGGCCCCUGGCUGCAUCAAGGUGGGAGAUCACCCUGCAGACCCCCCGCAAUAGACUCGACGGUGGGGUUGCACCCACCCUAACAAAGGCCAGGCCCUGCCCCUCUGCACCAGGCAGGCUCAGCCUGGCAGAAGCCAAGUGUGGAGGGGCUUAGUGUGGGGAGAUCCAGGAGCGGAGUGAGAGGGUUGUGUGUGGGGUAAUCUGGGUGCAGGCAGCUCAUUGGAGGAUCUGGAUGCACAAAGGCUCAUGGGGGGUGUUUCUGGGUGCAGGGGCAAUGGGAUUCUGCAAGGGCGUCCAGGUGAAGGUGGUUGGUGCUUGAUGGGGGGGUCCGUGCGGGGGGAGGCUCAAUGG